UUUCAUUCUUUUUCUUUUCUUUUUCCCUCUCUGUUUUUUUCCCUAUCAUGGAGAAAACAGAACCCUCUUCCGGGACCUAUAUAUAGGGUGCUCACCAAGCUUGAUUUCAACUCGAAAUUCAUCGCAGCUCAAAAGCUCUUAUCUGUAUCUGGUUUUCCCUUGUCAAGAUUUCCUUCGCUCCAAAGUUUCCAGACAUGUCGCUCGUUCCCAGCCUCUUUGGUGGUCGUCGAACAAACGUGUUUGAUCCAUUUUCUCUAGAUUUGUGGGAUCCCUUCGAUGGACUCCUCUCCUCCGCCGUUGCCAAUGUCCCUCCCUCAGCACGCGAAACCGCUGCGUUGGCCAACUUAAGAAUCGACUGGAAGGAAACCCCAGAGGCCCAUGUCUUCCAUGCUGACCUCCCGGGCCUCAAGAAGGAGGAAGUGAAAGUCGAGGUUGAAGAUGGAAGAAUUCUGCAGAUUAGCGGAGAGAGGAGCAAAGAGCAGGAGGAGAAGAACGAUAAGUGGCACCGUAUCGAGAGAAGCAGCGGCAAGUUCCUCCGCCGGUUCAGGCUGCCGGAAAAUGCGAAGCUGGAUCAGGUCAAGGCUAGUAUGGAGAAUGGGGUGCUUACUGUGACUGUUCCUAAAGAGGAGGAGAAGAAGCCUGAGGUCAAACCCAUUGAGAUCUCCGGUUGAUGAGGAACAUAUAUAUCCUCCAACCUUUGAAGUUUGAAGCGUUUGUUUCGACUUUCGAGUCGAUCUAUGUCGAAUAAUUUCGGUUUUGUGUGUUUGUCUGUUUGUUUUUUUUUUUCUGAAGUUUGAAAAUGUAAGAGUCUGUUCACUGUUGGUUGA